AGCAGCUAGCAGGGACAGUGAUGGCGGCCUCGGCCUUGCUGGGCUCUGCGGAUACCGGGCUGCCGUUCCCCGCGGGAGGAGGCUCUAGCGCCGGCACCGGCCCCGGGCCGGGCCCCGCGGCCCCCCCCGGGCCCUGGAACCGCUCCGUGGACCGGGCCCUGGACGAGGCGGCGGCCAGCGGAGUCCUGAACCUCAGCGGCCGGAAACUCAAGGAGUUUCCCCGCAGCGCUGCCAACCACGACCUGGCGGACACGACCAGGGCCGACCUGUCCAGGAACCGGCUAGCGGAGCUCCCUCUGGAGGUCUGCGUCUUCGUGUCCCUGGAGUCCCUGAAUCUUUACCAGAACUGUCUCCGGUCUCUGCCGGACGGCCUGGUCAACCUGCAGACGCUCACCUACCUGAACCUCAGCCGGAACCAGCUGCCCCAGCUGCCCCCGGUUCUCUGCUCGUUGCCCCUCAAGGUUCUGAUCGCCUGCAACAACAAGCUGGUGUCUCUGCCGGAGGAGCUGGGCCUGCUGAGGAACCUGACGGAGCUGGACGUGAGCUGCAACGAGAUCCAGUCGUUGCCCCCCCAGGUUGGGCAGCUGGAGAACCUGAGGGACCUGAACAUCCGGAGGAACCACCUGGUGCAGCUGCCGCCAGAACUGGCCCAGCUCCCCCUCGUCCGGCUGGACUUCUCCUGCAACAAGGUGACGUCCAUCCCCGUCUGCUACCGCCGUCUGUCGCAGCUGCAGACCAUCGUCCUGGACAACAACCCUCUGCAGACGCCGCCGGCGCAGAUCUGCAUCAAGGGGAAGGUCCACAUCUUCAAGUACCUGAACUCUGAGGCCAGCAAGACGCCGACGGAGCUGCCGGAGUACCGGCCGCACACGUCCUGCGCCGAGGAGCUUUUCCCCGGACGGCCGUACGGAGCGCUGGACUCCGGAUUCAACAGCGUGGACAGCGGAGACAAACGCUGGCUGGGCAACGAGGCCUCGGAGGAGCUGUCGGAGCUGCACCUGCGGGUGACGGAGGUCCAGAGACACCGAGGAGGAGGAGGACCAGGAGCCCUGCUGGCCAACGGCACCGGUGUGGAGCUGGAGCAGAUCGACUUCAUCGACAGCUGCGUGGACGAGGAGGACGACGGCCGGACCCGGGGACGAGGAGAACGAGGGGAACGAGGAGAACGGGCUGACAGCCUCAGCUCCCAGUUCAUGGCCUACAUCGAGAGACGCAUCACCAGAGAGGGUUCUCCUGUGAAGAACAGCUUGUCCAGGUCAGAACAGAGACACAGCAGGAGUGUGGUGGACGGAGUCCCCGCCCCCCCCAGCUCCCACAGCCAGAGAGCAGGUUCUGGUUCUGGUCCCGGUCCAGGGGGGGUGGAGAGGAUGAGGAGGGAGGCUCAGAUGGCGGCGCUGCGGUACGACGAGGAGAGACAGAAGAACCGAUCUGGGCAGAGAGACGGCAGCGGCAGCUACGGCAAGCCCAAAGCUUCUCCCAGUCCAACCAAGUCCAGCCCGGAGUCGGAGAGCUGUUACCCCUCCAGACGCUCCACCCACACAGACGACUCCGCCCUCUUCAUGCAGGGGGAGGAGAGAGCAUCUCUGUCUCCGACAGCCAAUCAGUCGCCCUCGUACCCGGGGGGCGUGGCCUCCUCCCCGGGGGGCGUGGCCUCCUGCCGGCCCGAGAGCUUCCUGUACCGGCUGGGCCAGCGGGAGGAGAAGAGGCGGAGCGACCGGUCACCUGCCGGGGAGGCCCCGCCCCCUCCGGUAGCCCCGCCCCUGCAGGGCCACGACGCCGAGCUGGUGGACCAGCUGAGGAAGAACAUCGAGCUCCGCCUCAAGCUGGCGUUGCCUAGCGACCUGGGGGCGGCGCUGACGGACGGCGUGGUGCUGUGUCACCUGGCCAAUCACGUGAGGCCGCGCUCGGUGCCGAGUAUCCACGUCCCCUCCCCCGCCGUGCCCAAGCUAACGAUGGCUAAGUGCCGCCGCAACGUGGAGAACUUCCUGGAGGCGUGUCGACGCAUCGGAGUCCCGCAGGACAGCCUGUGCUCGGUCGGGGAGGUGCUCCAGGGCCGGGGGGGCGGGGUCUACAGGACGGUGGGCGUGCUCUUGUCCUUGGCUCCGCCCCCUCUGGGAUUGGCCGGUUUCGCCCUCUUCUACCUGUCCGUCAUGUCUGUGCUGUGUGUCCUGUACAGCCAGCUGGGACCCCAGGACUGAGGGGACAUGGGGGACCCCCCGCGACACCUGAGGACCCCCCAGGGAGGUCCGGGGGCCUCAUGUUGAAGCACAUUUACUGAACUGAACUCUGGUAUGUGGAUGGAUGAAUCCAGGGAGACGAGCUGGAGACUUUUCCUUGGUCCCUGGUCUCUGGUUCUCAUGUCCAAACCUUCAUAGACUCUCAAACUCAUGGACCCGCUGACGGCCGAGACCUGGGGGGACCUGAGGACCUGGAGACAGUCUCAGCAAGACGGUGUAGUUAUCAGUGUGGUUAUCCCUUGUUUACAUUCCACCAGGGAGAUUGUGACUGGAACGGUCGGCCAAACCGCUGUGGACCUGGAGACAGUCUCUGCAAGACCUGAGGACCUGGAGACAGUCUCUGCAAGACCUGAGGACCUGAACAGGACCUGAGCAAAACCUGAUUCAGAUUCAGAGAAACUUUAUUCAUCCCCGAGGGGCAAUUCAAGGACAACUAAGCAGCAAUACAAGACAGUAAAUCCGCUCAGCUGCCGGCCGGUCGACCACAACGAACAGCGAUCCGAAACCGGAACAAAGCAGAGAAUGGAUGACAUUGGGGGUGAGAGAGGGAGGGGGUAAAAAAGGCAUCUUCACACUGUGUAUAAGUACACAGUGAGAAAGUGCAAAAAAACACCUCAGCACAGAAAGCAACAUGACAAAUUUAACAUCAACAUCAAGCCAGGAAGGCGUUGAGUUGAGGGAGGUGUGUUUAUCAGCAAGUGUGUGUGAGCGGUAAGUCCGUG